AUGUGGCAGUCGGCCUGUUCUUCAGCUUCAGAUGCCCCAAACUCCAAAGCUCACAAAACGGCGUCGAACAGCAGAAAUCAUUGUGCCAGAACCCGUUUGACAAAAAAAAAAGUGGCCCACUUUCUUGCGAGGUUCCACUUGUUGCUUUUGCUUGCGAGGUUAUUGGAGUUUGACAACUUGUAUGGGUGCCGCCACUCACUGUUGGAUGGGCUGAUGAGGGCCACCAAGAUGAUUUCUGGAAAGAUUGGUGUGGUGUGCGGGUACGGGGAUUUGGGCAAUGGUUGCGCCUCUUCCCUGAAGCAAGCCGGGCCUCGCGUAUCAGGAGCUACAACACAGCACUCGCCAGGGUCAGUCUCAAUGACCUCAAAUUCUACACUUCUCAUGCAGCUGCCCCUCACAAGAAAAUGGUCCCCUUUCCUAACUGGGCCGUAUGCUUCCAGGAACCUCAUCCCCCCCCCCCCCUACAAGAGAAAUCUUUCCACCUGGCUGAAGACCUCUUCUCAAGAUGUUAAGGAUAAUAUGUGCAAAUUUGCGAAGAAAAGGUUGACACCAUCACAGAUCGGUGUGAUUCUACGUGAUUCUCGCGGUAUUGCUCAGGUGAAGAGCGUCACCAGAAGCAAGAUCCUCCACAUUCUGAAGGUGCAUGGUCUGGCAAGGGAGAUUCCAGAGGAUCUGUACCACUUGAUAAAGAUAGCAGUUGCCCUCAGGAAGCACUUGGAGAGGAACAUGAAGGACAAGAACUCGAAGUUCAGAUUGAUUUUGAUGGAAAGUAGGAUUCACCGUCUCGCCCGUUACUACAGCAAGACCAAGAAGCUCCCGCCCCUUUGA